CCGUGUACUGAAAACUCACAGCAGCCCCCACCAUGCGAUCCCGCCUGUCCUGCACUGUUUGAAAAAUCGCAAAAGCAGUCAGCCUCCGUAGCCGCACUGCUUCAAAUAUUGUUAUCUUAGGCUCAAAGCCCAAUCAUAAAGGAGGUGAUAAAUGGAGAAGAUGAGUGCAGUCAGAUCUAUAUGCAGAGCAGCCUCUUUCAGAUCUUCAAUCAUUGCCACCGCCAAUAACCAUCAUGUUCGUCAGUCGUUAUCUUCUCGAACGCUUUUCGGUUUAUCCUCACCUUCUGUUUCAAUUCCUUCCAAAUCUCUUCCUUCAGGAUGCACCUGCUCUUUCAGUGAAGAUGUUGCACACAUGCCUGACAUAAAAGAUCCUGAAAUUGAGCGUUUUUUGAAGGACUUGAUGGCUGAAGGCUGGGAUGAGAUUCCUGAGAGUGUCCUCUAUGAUGUGAAGAAGGCUUUGUUAAAAGACACAGAUGACAAGGCUGGCCAGGAGGUCUUGAAAACUGCUCUCUGUGCAGCUGAAGCAGUUGAGGAGUUCACUGGGAUUAUUAUGAAUAUUAAAAUGGAAAUUGACAAUAGUAUUGGGAUGAGUGGUGCGGAUGUAAAACCCUUGCCAGAUGAUUUGUCCAAUUCAGUCAGUACAGUUUAUCAAAGCUACUCUACCUAUCUGGAUGCAUUUGGUCCCGAAGAAUCCUAUUUGCAGAAGAUGGUGGGGACGGACUUGGGGUCUAAGAUGAUUUUCUUAAAGAUGAGAUGCAGUGGUCUUGGUUCUGAGUGGGGAAAGAGUUUAUAUUUGCAGGCCCAAAAGAAAAACCCAGAAGAGCAGCCCACAAGAUGAUCCAGCUGGAAGUGUCAUGAGAUGCAAGGCUGAUGAGGGUAUUCUGGAAAAUUCAGAUGAAAUGCUGGAAGUGGAGAAAGUGCAACAAGUGGCUGGAAGUGGCCUUGGUCAUUUGGAAGGAAAUGGGUUAGUGGGAAUGAGGCCAACGUGUGCAGAAGAUUGAGCAAGAAAUUAGGCAGCCAUGAGGAAAGUGGAAGGGAAAGGCUGCCUAUAAAUACGAGUAUGAAGAGAAGAGACGGUGCGAAGAAGACUUUCCAGUUUUGAUUAAAUUCUUAGGAGCUCUUUGUUAGCUCAAUUGUUUUAGUGUUUUGUUGCUGUGUCCUUUUAUUUGUUGCUGUUCUGUUGCUUUGAUUAAUCAGAUUGUUAUUGCAUUGAUUGUUUUAAUUUCUGUAAUUAGAUGUUGUAAUUGCUACUGGAAUUGAUGAUGUUAUUUCCCUUUUCAUUAAGUAUUGAAUUACAAUUUGUUUGUUGAA